CAUUGUUUGAAGUCGGUCGUAUUUCCUUUCUCCCGGGAACACAAGCCGUAUCCAAGAAAUAGUGAAAUAUUAUAGUUGUACCCAUUAUUUUAGAAACAAAAGAAGGAUUUAUGCACGAUGACAGAGUUAAAGUCGAUUAUUAAUUAUCAAAAUGCUACUCAGCAGCAGCUUGCUACUGGUAUACCUCAACAGAGUUCUCUAAACAACAGUUCUCAUCAGAACAACUCGUCAACUACGCCAAAUUCUAUAAAGUCUCUAAAGAAACAAACAAGUGCACUGGAUAACAUAGUUUUUCAUCUAGGGAUCAGGAAAUCAGAUAGUGAUGAAGCCGACGAUCGGAAUCUUUAUGUAACUCUACUGUUAUUAGGUGUAUUAGUGAUAGUAUUUAUUGCCAGUGUUACUGUUUUUUUUGUUAUGUGGUUUACUGAUAUUUACAACAACUCUUUACUAGAGAACCUCAAACUGAGUUACAACUCAACGGCAGCUGAAUGGUGGGAAAGACCACCAGUUAAUCCGUUACUUAGAGUGCACGUGUUCAAUUAUACCAACUUUGAGGAUUUUUUCAACAAUAAGGCAGAUAAGCUCAAAGUUGUGGAUUUGGGUCCUUACGUGUAUCACGAAACGGCCGAGAAGGUGAACGUUACCUAUCAUGGUGAUGGCACAAUAACGUAUAAAGAAAAGAGAUCUUACCAGUUCCUAGCGAAUCAGUCACAUGGAAUGCAAUACGACAAGGUUGUCGUACCCAACAUACCAAUGCUCACAGCGAUUGCUCAAUAUUAUGACGGAACAUUCAUUCAGAAAGUGUUAUUGAAUGGUGCUCUAAAAAAUGUCAAUGCAAAAGCCUUCAAGGUUCUACCUAUUGAUUCAUUUUUGUGGGGAUAUGAAGACGAGCUUUUGAGCUUGGCUCAGAAGUUUUCAUUUAAUGAUGAAGUAUCGUUCACCAAAUUCGGUAUUCUAAUGACGCGGAAUGGUACCAGCGCCGAAAACUUCACGGUAUAUUCAGGUGAGACGGAUUUAAAACAGCUGGCGAUCAUCAAAGAUUUAAAUGGAAAGUCAUCAUUAGACAUGUGGACAACUGACGAAUGCAAUCGGGUGGAUGGUACAGAUGGAUCACAGUUCCCUCCACAUCUGAUGGAUAAACAACAAACUCUUUACGUUUUCAUCAAAUCAUUGUGUCGUAAAUUUCCCCUGAGCUACGAGAAAGAAGUAACCUUGUUCGAUGGUAUCCCUGCCUGGCGCUACAAGGCUCCAUUGGAUGUCUUUGCUCAUCCUAGUAUUAAUGCAGAUAAUCAAUGUUUCUGCCAUUUGGGAACCGCUUCAUGCCCACCAAGUGGCCUAUUAAAUGCAACUCUAUGUUCCUAUGGUGCACCGAUAUUUGCGUCUUUCCCACAUUUUUAUACCGGUGAUGAAAAACUUCUUGAAACAAUCGAUGGUUUACAUCCUCAAAAAGAAUUACACGAAACAUUUGCUGACAUCCAUCCCAGACUGGCGUUCCCAAUCGAUGGUGCAUCUAGGUUUCAAAUAAAUAUCCAAGUGAGAAAACCAUCGUAUAUACCAGGCUUGGAGCCUUUCAUGGAAGACCAAAUCAUUCCAGUUAUAUGGUUGGAAGUAGUUCCGGGACAUAUUUCAGAAGAAUUACGAAAUAUGAUCUACCACAGUACGUUUAGCGCCAACGCAAUUCAGUUUUCAUUCAAAUAUGGAUCCUUGCUCAUCUGCGUGACUACAUUCGCUCUUUUAGCGAUGACAUGUUAUUUCCGAACGAGAAACAAUUCCAUCGAUCCUUAUGCUGCAACGUCUAACAGUGAACCUACCCAAAAACUUAACUCACUAAACAAUGAAAUGAAAAAUUAGUUUUUUUUAAAUGUAUGUCUUUGUAAAUUUUGUUUAGUUAUAAAUUUAUCCACGUAAAAAAAGAUCUGCCCAACUACUCUUAACUUCACAUAUGCAUUACGGUAGCCUUAAAUACUUGUCCCCAAUUAUCUAAUAAGUGAGUUAUACAAGUCAUUCACGAGAGCAUUCACGUCUAUUUAGGCUGAAUACAAGACUAUCAGGACUGCUUCGUUAAAAAAGCAUAUUUCAUAAAGAUGAUUAAACCAUUCAAGUUAAUAGCCUGUUUCAUGAUUUAUGUGUGUUUGUUAAACUGUGGCCCUUAGGAUAUUUAGUUGCGAUCCGUGGAUGAAUGUCUCGAUAUGUUAACGAUGUGGCUCAUGGAAACCAAAUGUUUUGUAUAAUCGUAAAAGGUGAAUCCAGAAAAUGUUUUAUCAUAUUUUUUUUAACUAUAUAGACCCGAGUAUUUUCGUAAAAUAAACAUUUAAAAAACUCCAAUUACAAUUGAUUUACACAAUUUAGAAAUUAAAAUUUAUACAAUUUAGAUUUGUGAUUUAGUGGCUGAACUGGUAGCAAUUCACUACACUUUGGAAACUAUUGCUUCACUUCUUCCAGACCACUACUUGAAAAUACGAGAGCUGCUUAGUGCUUUAUCCGUGUGCUCUUUCAUCAUCACUUUCGAGUGGGUCUCUUCACAAUGCUCAAUUUUGGGCAAUGAGAAAGCGGGAUUCACUUCCGAAGGUGGGCGCUAUGGAAUGCGAUAUUUAUGAUCGACAAAUCGCCUAUAGUGAAUUUUUCUCUCUUUAUCUAUAAUCAGUGAAGGGAGCUUGGGACGAUUGCUACAUUCAAUUAUCCUUAAGGUGUCGAAGUUUGCAUGGUUCAAAGGGUUGGACUUGGGUCUAGACUUCAUACGCGUGAUGUCUCGUCUCAUGUCCAAUCACUAUUGUCUAAGAUCACAUUUUUAUGAUUCCCUUCGGGCUCGAGGUAGACAACUUAAUGUUCCAGUGCGGUAUAUUUUGGCUAGACGCAAUCUGGAGUUUAUGAAACUCAUAUAUGUUUACUUUAAGAAUAUUAACCUUGGAUUGUAAGUUUGAUUAACCUUGUGUUUAGUUUGUAUUUUGUAAGUGUGGGUUUUUUUCAAUGUUUUUUUUUAAGAUAAAUAGAAAUAAUUUCAUGUUUUAGGAUUGAUUAAAUAUUUGUAUCUUAAACCACAUUUCAAACCUCCUUCUUCCCUUUUCCCAUCCAAAAAAUUGUAAAUCUCCACUAACCUCGAGAUAACCGCGAGUACUCGGUCCAGUCCCUUUAACUUUAAAUAUAAGACAGUAA